GACGUCCCCGUGCGUCCGGAGCGCGCCGGCGGUUGUGGGAGCUGCAACCGGGAAGCGUGAACGGCUGGUCCCAAAGCACGCAUGGGGUUGGGGCCGCGUUCCGCUCACAAAGCGCGACGCCAGUUCUCGGGUGCCGGCCGGCGGGGACGCGCGGCCCGGGGUUCGGGACGUCCCCCUCCCGGCCGCGAUGGUUAUCCCCGGCUGCCGGCAGCCGCGCGUGCGGAGCAGGCCCCCGAGGCUCUCCCGCAUCUGAGCCCGGAGGCUCUUGGAUAUUUCCGACGGGCGCUGUCAGCGCUAAAAGUGGCUCCCGACGCCGCCGAAGAACGAGAGUUGAUGGCGCGCAAUAUUUUGAAGGAAGUGGAGGCUCAGGCUCUAGCCUUGGCCACGAACAGGACUGGUAGCGAAAUGCUGCAGGAGCUUUUGGGGUUCAGUCCUUUGAAACCCCUGUGUCGAGUGUGGGCCGCUCUGCGCCCCAACUUGCGCUUCGUGGCUUGUCAUCGGUGUGGGGUCCACGUAUUACAAAGUGCUUUGCUGCAGCUACCUCGAUUGCUGAGGCGUCCUGCGGAGGCAGAGGAGGAGGAGGAGGAAGAGGAGGAGGGUGGUCCCUCGCAAACUCUGGAGGAGCUAGUCCUGGGACUAGCCGCUGAAGUGUGUGAUGAUUUUCUGUUCUUCUGUGGAGACACGCAUGGCAGCUUCGUGGUCAGAACUCUGCUGCAGGUCUUGGGAGGUACUCUUUUGGAGUCCGAGAGAGGCAAGCCCCGUGGCUCCCAGUCGUCUGAAACACAGAGGACUUCAGCUCGGGAAUGUAAACCAACUGAUUUUGAGGUUCCUAAAACCUUCUUGAAUCGCCUUCAGGACCUGAGCGCCUGCUUUCUGAAGGACAUUGCUGUAUUUAUCACCGACAAGAUCUCCAGCUUUUGUCUUCAGGUGGCCUUACAAGUCCUCCACCAAAAAUUACCUCAGCACUGUGCCCACCUCUGCGAUGCAGUCAUUGAUUACCUGAGUUCUCGGAAUUCUUCAGCAGAUGGCAGCCCUCUACUCCUGUUUCUUCGGGAUCAGACGAGCUCUAGACUCUUGGAGCAGGUGCUGCUGGUAUUAGAAGCAGAGAGACUCCAGCGCCUCUAUAAGGACCACUUCCAGGGUCAGCUAUGCUCCUUGGCUGAGCAUCCCAUUGCGAACUUCCCUUUGCAGCGCUUGCUGGAUGCAAUCACUUCCCCUGAGCUGCUGUCCCUUGUGUUUGAGGAGCUGAGCCCUGCCUUGGAAAUGGUGCUGGCCCAGGGCCACCCAGGGGUCGUCGUCGCCCUGGUGGAAGCCUGCCGCAGGGUUGGGACUCACCAAGCCCAGGUCUUGCAGCUGUUAUUUGAGGCAUUUCAUUGUGCAGAGCCCCCGUCCCGGCAAGCAGCCUGCGUGCCUCUCUUUGCUGCUUUGUUGGCUUAUGAGGUAUACUAUGAACUAAUGGAGGAGGAGGGGGCUGUGCCUGCAGAGCAUCAGGUUGAAAUGGCCACAGCCAGAGCGCUGAGGGAGGUGACUGUACUUGGGUCUCUACUGCUCCAGCAUUUGCUGUAUUUUUCUAAUCCUGGACUUGUACUUCGAAGUCUGAGUGCCUUGACCGGACCACAGCUUCUGACUCUGGCCCAAAGCCCCGCUGGCUCUCAUGUAUUUGAUGCCAUCCUGAGUAGCCCCUCAGUGACACACAAGCAGCGUCGUCGUGUGCUGAAGACCCUAAAGGGACAGUAUGUGGCUCUUGCCUGUAGCCGCCAUGGCAGCCGUGUAUUAGAUGCCAUCUGGAGUGGAGCAGCUUUGGGGGCUCGGAAGGAAAUUGCUGCUGAAUUGGGAGAAAAGAACCAGGAGUUGAUUCAAGAUCCUUUUGGCCACCAUGUGGCUCGAAAUGUGGCCCUUACUACCUUCUUGAAGAGGCGAGAGGCUUGGGAACAACAGCAAAGUACUGUGGCCAAGCGGAGGCGGGCAUUGAGCUCUAUACUUGAAGACUGAGACUUGCAACGGGACUCGGUCUUGAUGGGGAGGGGAACAUGCUUACCCUUCCUGUUUACAUUGGAUCCAAAAGUCUUACUGCAGCCAGAUGUAGUAACAUGCACAAAACUGUAAACCUACUAUUCCAGAGGGUAAAACAAGAAUAUCAAGAAUUCAAGGCUAGCCUGCUCUGUGGCAGCUAGAUCUUGUUAAUCUCUAUGUCCAUCUGCUAUUCUCUCCCCUCUCCCAAGACAUACUGGUAAAGACUUUUGUAUUUUUCUUGGAAAUAUUUUUAUUUUAUUUUUUAGGGGAAAGUUAUCUUGUAGUAAAGCUAGGGACAGUGGCCGUUGGUAUGCAGGAUCUUAGGGGUAGGCGUCAGUAAGAACCUAGAUGAAGCAGCGAUUACGGUGGGAUCAGGAUGCAGGGGACAAGGCUGUGGUUCUGCAGGGUAUGUGGAAGGCAGGAGUGGAGGGAAGACAGGUAGCAUUCUUCAGGAAGAUGUACAGGCCAGAGGAACAAGGCAGUGUGCAGAUCUGUUAGGAUGGAGUCAGCUUGGUUACCUAGGGUACACUGCAGACCCCAAGCCUGAUGGUGCCUUUACUACCCUCCUGUGUCACAUGGAACCAGUCUUUCAGCACAGGCUCAAAGCAUGAUCUCAUUAGGAGUGGAGGUGUCUCUGCCCGUGCCACUGCCAUCGAUCAGCCCCCUCCACCACAUGGCGAAGGGUGGAGGAGAUGCCCAGCAGCAUAUGGCCCAGGCCUUGCAGCAGCGAGGAAGUCCAACGGAGGAGCUCCCUGGAGGGCAGAGUGGAGAUCAGAGAGUUAAAGGAAGCUGCAAGGAGGUCGGGGUUGGAUGCUUUGGUGUGGGGGGCUGAUAAGGGGGAGUUUAUGGGAUACAUGGAUCCGAGGGUUGCAUGACAGAUUGGUCUCUGACCUGAGUACUCUUUUAGGGCCAACUCCUUGGAAAUCACAGCUCAUGGAGUAGAGUCCAUAGAAUGUAGCUUUCACGUUGAGGCUGCCAAAGAGGUCUCGGGGAUUUUGCUUGUACACAUCGAAGGUGAUGCGGGCGAUGUCCUUGCUGUGUUUUGGCUUCUCCCGUCCUAGGCCGUAUGACAACAUCCCACUCUGUGGGACAUUCUCAUCAUUGAAGUGGACCUGCCCUCAUACCCUGGGAACCACCACUAAUCCUGUCAGUGCCGGAUCUGUCUUCCCAAUGUCAUCUAAUGGUUGAUGUCCUUCACAGCUCCCCAGAGCCUGUGCCCCCACAGGUCAGUGGUAGGCCAGGGAAGAAGCCAGGGAGGACCAGAAAGGAGUGGAGACCUAAGCAGCCCCACUGUGGGGCUCUCACCUUGGGGCUCCAGCUCUGGCCCUGCUCAAGCACCAUCAAGCACGUGUCGUCCUCCAGCAGCUGGAAGAAGUCCUCACUGUCCACAGCAGUCCCAUCCUCCUCCAGGACCAGUGUUAGCACUCCACGUAGCAGCAAGGUCUCCAGGACCUGUCAGUGACAAGAGGCAGGAAGGGAGGCCCCGUCAGCCUCACGCUGGUUGGCAUAUCAGCUCUACCUCCAGGUGUUUUGCCAUCUUCCCUGUAGGGGUUUUGUUUGUUUAUUUCUUUUUUUGAGACAGGGUGUUGGUGUAGUGCAGCCUGCUCCCAAACUUAGCAAUUCUGUGUUAGUUUGCUGGGUCCUGGGAUUGUAGACAUGAACACUUCAUCUCAUCCUUCCUAAAAGUUGCAGUUCUUUCUUUGUGUAGCUUUGGCUGUCCUGGAACUUGGUCUGUAGACCAGGCUGGCCUCAAACUCAAGAGAGUCACUGGCCUCUGCCUCCCAUGUUCUGGGAUUAAAAGUAUGUGAGACCAUG